ACCAGUUGAAAGAGAGAAAUAAUGGGGAGAGGAAGAGUUGAGCUUAAGAGGAUUGAGAACAAGAUCAAUCGUCAAGUGACCUUCUCUAAGCGCAGGAAUGGCCUCCUCAAGAAAGCUUAUGAGCUUUCUGUUCUCUGUGACGCAGAGGUCGCACUCAUCAUCUUCUCAAGCCGAGGCAAGCUCUAUGAGUUCGGCAGUGCUGGCACAUGCAAAACUCUCGAGCGAUAUCAACGUUCCUCUUUCAGCUCUCAAGCUACCAAUACCAUUGAUCGCGAAACACAGAGCUGGUAUCAAGAGGUCUCAAAAUUGAAGGCGAAGUUCGAGUCGUUGCAACGCUCCCACAGGCAUUUACUUGGAGAGGAUCUUGGACCCUUAAACGUGAAGGAAUUACAGCAGUUGGAACGGCAACUUGAAGCUGCCUUAUCACAGGCCAGGCAAAGAAAGACGCAAAUAAUGCUGGAUCAAAUGGAAGAACUUCGUAAAAAGGAACGUCAGCUUGGAGAGAUCAAUAAGCAACUAAAAAUGAAGCUUGAGGCUGGAAGUGGCUCUCUUAGGCUCAUCCAAGGAUCAUGGGAAUCUGAUGCUGUGGUUGAAGGCAAUGCAUUCCAAAUGAAUCCUUACCAGUCGAGUGGAAUGGAAUGCGAGCCAACUCUACAUAUUGGGUAUCACCAGUUUGUUCCCCCAGAAACAGUAAUUCCCAGGACCCCUGGUGUAGAGAAUAACAAUUUUAUGCUUGGAUGGAUGCUUUAAGUUGAAAGGAAAUAGUAGGAAAUAUUUAUCUGGUGUUCAUCUUUUCAAAAACUGAACUAAGCUGCUAUUUGUGUAUGUCUGUCAUAGAAUAUGUGGUUUUGUAUUUUCUGAAAUGAUGCACUGACAUAAUGAAUAUAUAUGUUCAUGUAGUUGGAAUAUUAUAAUUUCAUGACA